GACGCGCCCAUCACGGUGAUGUCAGCCACGCGUGCGACUAGACAGACGCGCAAAGCUAACGCCGGCACGCCCAUUUCCCAACGUCAUUACCUGGAACUUCUGAGCAGAACCCCACCAGCCGGUAUAGCACUUUGACCAUCUGCCUUGAACGGACCCAUAUUCUUUGCGACUCAGCAGCGUGGAAUGGACGUACAAGGCCUGCUGCCACCCGUCAGCCGUGCACCGCGCGAGGUCCUCGAGCUGCAAAAGGCCAUCGACAACUUCAAUCUCGAAGAUAGCGACUUGGACGACGAUGAAGCGGCCCCGCCACCUAUCCAACGGUUGAGGACGACUCCCUCGCGCUCAUCACCUUCCAACCAUGGCUACAAGUCUCCAGUCGCUCCGAAACGCCUAGGCUCGUCACCGAAACAGCCGGCGCAUGUUCCACGCUUUGCGGCAUCUCCUACUCGGAUGGUCGCAAAGCCAUACCCUCAGUAUAACGACUUGAUUUCGGUUCCGACCAGAGAGCCACCCCCAGAAACAGAUCGAAUUCCGCCUCUUCGUGUAAACACAAAUCCUUCUCCUUCAACGGAUAGAUAUGCACCUCCGCUUCCAAGUAAAAGUCCUCGGCGAUCACAUUUCGAACCACAGUCUCUGAAGCCAAGCCGGUCCAACCACGCAAAGAAUUUUUCACAUCCAUUCAAGAAGCAGCUGCAAUUGCUAUCUCAGCCGCAAUCGCAAUCGCAACCCCAAACGCAACCCAAAUAUGCCAAUACAGCGUCGUUCCGUAAUCCGCCUAGACCUCUGUCCUAUCGAAACAGCUCUCGAGCACCCUAUAGCCUGCGUCGAUGGAGCUCACUCGACACGAUAGAUUCUGUUCAGACAACACAGGAAACCUCGAGAGAAAACUCUAUUGACGGGACGGACAGUGUACGCACCGGGACCAGCUCAAGUUCUAAGCGGCAGUAUCUAUCAUUUGACGACGGCAGCGAAGACGAAGACUCGAUUCCUGGAGACAUACCCCGAACGCCGCCAGCAAGCAGCGUACCACUUCCAAGUACUCCCGCUGACCAUUCACGCCCAUCCUCUGCAAGCAAUUCAGUACGGUCUACAUCCACAACAACGCCGAGCAGCGGUUCGAAGAAAUCCUCUACCGCAUCUAUUUUGAGAAGGCUGAAAGGGGAGGAGACACCCGAGCCAUUGCUGACGCCAGAGAAUCUGGACAUCGAGAAAAGGAUUUCGCUCGACCAGAGUUCACGCACAAACUCAUCCAAUUCAACCAUGACCAUCUCUUCUGGCAGACCUUCCGAACUUGCCUUCCCAGGCUCAUCAUACGGCAGCACAUCACAGCUCUCCGUAUCAAGUAAGGACUGGAAGUCGAGUAACUUCGACAUAAGCAGCCUGAGCGAGGCCGAGUUGAAGAAGUGUAAGAAGAAGGGCAUUAACCCGGCAUUGUACGCGGAGAUGAAGGCCGCACGGAAAGGGCGCUUUGUCAGCCCCAUUGGAGGAAACACUUUCAUAUAAUACAGCAUGCCCGAUGCUAUACAAUUUGCUGCUUUAAUGUCUCCAUGGCCCUACGAACAGACGUCGGAGCCGCUGACGAUAAUGCCGGGCGCUUUCCCUGGUCGCAUCGGUCAGCCUGCGUCGCACGUGCCCGUCCACGCAUUGAUCUUGUCUUCAUUUAUAUCCCGCCUCCUAGAUUACCCUAUCUCCAAGAAUCGCACAUGAUAGACGGAAUCGAGUGCAGCGCCGAGAUGCUGAGCCCGGGCUGCGACAGUCACGUUGUACCGACACAGCGGCACUCUCAUCGACUUCGGCACUUGCUCCUAGACAACCAGGAAAUCACAGCGUCGCUUCCCCGGGUAAUCUCUGCUAAGUAUAUCUCACAGAUUAUUGCGAAGGAUGAAAAAGUACGACGGCGUCCCACGGACGCAUGUAUAUCUA